GCUCUGGUUCUGCCGUCCCGGGAGCUCGCUCGCUCUCACACGCGAGCGCACACACACACACACACCUUUACCUGCACAGACUUGAAAGUCCAGUUUCACCAGAGAGACUGAGGCAUCUGGAAAAGGGGAGAGAGUUCAUUGGAUCAAACAUGUCACAAGAGACGGACAAUAAAAACCGGCUUGUGACUAUAGUGCCAAGUGAUGCUCCCUUUAAUACCAGAAGAGCUUACACAAGUGAAGAUGAGGCUUGGAAGUCUUAUCUGGAAAACCCCUUAACAGCAGCUACUAAAGCUAUGAUGAGCAUCAACGGAGAUGAGGACAGUGCUGCUGCUCUGGGAUUAUUAUAUGACUAUUAUAAGGUUCCAAGAGAUAGAAGAUUAUUGCCUGUUAACAAAGUGAGUGAUAAUCAAGAAGACCAGGAGAAAAGAAACUGUCUUUCCACCAGUGAAACACAAAGUAACUUGAGCAGCAAUGGUGAGAAUAGAGUACAGGUCUUGAAAACAGUGCCAGUAAAUCUCUCGGUGAACCAAGAGCAGCUGGACACUUCCAAAAGGGAGCAGUUCAGUUCAAAUGUAUCAGGAAGCCCAUCCUCCAUUUCUGUGACUGGAGUAAUGGUGGUGAAAGCAGAAGAAUAUACCCCAGUUUACAUGACUCCUUCAGUGCAUUAUGCCAGGGGAGAAAAUGAAGAACAUCGGGGAGUCAUAUUUGAACAUGCGCAUUAUGAAGUGCCUAGCAUCACACCCCAUUCAACCUAUAUGAAAGAUGAUCAGCGCAGCACUCCAGACAGUACUUACAGUGAUACCUUUAAAGAUGGAGGAGCAGAGAAAUUCCGCAGUAGUUCUGCGGGUCCUGAGGAAUAUAUUUAUGAACAAACAGCCAAUAACACAUUUCGAUAUACUUUGGAAGCUACCAAAUCCCUCCGUCAGAAACAAGGAGAAGGACCAAUGACUUACUUAAACAAAGGGCAGUUUUAUGCCAUAACACUCAGUGAAGCUGGGGACAACAAAUGCUUCAGAUAUCCAAUCAGCAAAGUCCGGAGUGUGAUCAUGGUUGUAUUCAGUGAAGAUAAAAAUCGAGAUGAGCAGUUGAAGCACUGGAAAUACUGGCAUUCACGACAGCACACAGCUAAACAGAGGGUCUUGGACAUUGCUGAUUAUAAGGAAAGCUUCAACACCAUUGGAAAUAUUGAAGAAAUUGCCUAUAAUGCUGUAUCAUUCACUUGGGAUGUUAAUGAAGAGGCAAAGAUUUUCAUCACAGUGAACUGCUUAAGUACAGACUUCUCUUCUCAAAAAGGAGUCAAGGGUCUUCCUUUGAUGAUUCAGAUUGACACAUACAGUUACAAUAAUCGCAGCAAUAAACCCAUUCAUCGGGCCUUCUGCCAAAUCAAAGUUUUUUGUGACAAGGGAGCUGAAAGGAAAAUCCGAGAUGAAGAAAGAAAGCAAAACAGAAAGAAAUCGAAAGGCCAAGCUUCUCAGACAGCUUGCCCUAAUGCAGAAGGGAAGUUGACUGCUGUGCCUCUCCAAAAGAAGAGUGACAUCACCUAUUUUAAAACUAUGGCUGACCUGGAUUCCCAGCCUGUUCUUUUCAUACCAGAUGUUCAUUUUGGCAAUCUUCAAAGAGCUGGACAGGUUUAUUAUAACACCGAUGAUGAACGAGAAGGUGGUAGUAUUCUAGCUAAACGGAUAUUCCGCACAGUUGAAGAGGACUUUGUUCCACCACCGUUGAAACAAAUAAAAGAAGAAGGAACAAAGAGAGUUCUCCUGUAUGUGAGGAAAGAAGCGGAUGAAGUGUUUGAUGCUUUGAUGUUAAAGUCUCCCACAGUAAAAGGACUUAUGGAUGCAAUUUCUGAGAAAUAUGGCCUUCCAGCUGAGAAGAUUACAAAGCUUUAUAAAAAAAGCAAAAAAGGGAUUCUGGUAAAUAUGGAUGAUAACAUCAUUGAACAUUAUUCCAAUGAAGACACUUUCAUCCUAAACAUGGAGAACAUAAUGGAGGGUUUCAAGGUCACGUUGACGGAAAUCUAGUCUAGACCAGCACAGACUUUGUGAAGUGAAAACAUUUUACCAUCAAGGAAGGAAGAAGUAAUAAUAAAACCCCCGAUUUCAUUGAUACGAAGAAGAAAGAUUGUUACAAAACUAAGUUGUAAACAACCAUAUUUCAUUUUUUUGCCACUGGAAACCAAUAAGGCAAUUACUGACAAGUCUGUUCAAAAGAACAUUUCUUCAUAAAGUUCCUUAUUUAUUGCUCCUCACUCUGCAAUAUGUAAAUAAUCAGCGGAUCCUACACUUCACGAUGUUGCGAAGGAGACAGAGACUUUAAAUAAAAACAACAAACAUAGUUAAUACAAGAAAAAUAAUAAGUUGAAGAAUAAUAGUUCUACUGGGACUUAAUCACUAAAAUUUCACCCUCUAAAAUGAAUUGCUAGAAAAUCUGGUGUUAACAAUGAGCAAAGUGCCUGGUAAUCUUUGCACACCUAUUGUAUACCAAACUUCUAGUGCUGAGUAUCACGUAGUUCAACCAUAUCCCUCCCUUUGCAAGUCAACUGAGGACUUUUAAGACUCUCAGAUGGCAUGUACUUUGUAAGUAAAACACCAUCCAUUUUAACCUCUGUAUAUAUUUGUUUAUAAUAUGUAAUAAUAUAUUUUUCCUAUCUGUGUAGAUGUGUUUACUGCCACUCUAUUCUGUGUUUGGAUAAGAAGUUGGCAGAGUUCCUGGCCAAAGAGCAAAGUUCUCUCACCAGCUGUUGAUUCUUCAGGGUUUUUGAUACCUUUUGUUCAAAGCUUAUCCAGGAGCCACAUUAGAAAGUUAAAACUCCUUAUUAUCACAACUAAGAUUAUUCUUUCCUUGCUAUACCAGCUGCUCAGGUCUUCCAAUGAGAUGUUUUCUGUUAUUUUUAGACUAGAACUCCUGUUAAGUCAGGCAUUUAACCAUACUGAGUAGAACUAAAGGCCAUUUGGGGUGCACCAGCUUGGGAGAGUCAGACUUAUUCAAUGAUAUUGCAGUCUUCCAGUUCCUGAAUAUUUUUCCUAUCUCUUUUUCUCUUUCUUGCUUUCUCUCUCGCUUUGGUUUUUUAUCCUUGCUGAAUGGACGUUCACUUCUGUAGUGCAUCAUGCAGAGAGUCAUAAAUGUGGCAUUUCUAUGUCAUUCCCACCAAUGGCUGCCACCAAUUUUUACCCAACCUUUUCUAAACAAAUGUUAUUCUUCCAUUCAAGUUACCUCUGAAAGUUCCUGGCAACAAGAAAUCAGUGUGAGUUUAGCAAGAAGUUUUAUUUUUUGCUUUUAUUUUAGGGAAAUUGUAUGCUUAUAAAACAAUAGAAGUAUAAAACUGGAAAGCAAGUUUGGAAUUAUGUAGAGUCCAAUCCUCUGAAUAUGCCAUACAUUGGAGCAUGUAAAUACAGGUGGUCCUCCCUUAAUGACCAGUUGUUUAGUGACUGAAGUUAUGAUUGACCUUAUUAGAGGUCCUGGUUCUGGAGUUCUGCUGCCUGCACAUAUACACACACACCAUAGCCAUGUGAUCGGAUUUUGGGCUGUUUGGAAACCAACCUGCAUUUACUGCCAUAUGCAAUGCCCUGUGGGCACAUGACUACAAUUUUCAGUAUUUUUUGUCAGUUUCUGGCAUUUACUUUCAGUUUUCAGCAAAAAAUGCACAUUGAGAAAAAUGGGUUCAUUUAACAACCACUGCAAAAAAAAAAAACCCUCCUAAAAUUGGGCAUGGUCCCAUGGUGACCAACUUAACAACUACCACAACUCAUGGCUGUAAUUCUGGGCUCAAUUACAGUUGUAUGUUGUGGACUACCUGUAAAAGAUGUAAAUACCCCAAGAUAUAUCUAGCAGAGGAGAACCCAUCAACUGUUGCAUCAGUCUGUUUCAUGUUCACACCAUGCUUUCAAAGCAUCUCUUAAUGUUCAGUUGGUUCUCAUACAUCCUUCAGGAGUAACAGAGAAUACUAUGCCCAAUAGCUUUUUAUAUAUUUGAAGAUAGUUACUUUAUAAAUGUUUUUCAUAACUAAAGGUUGGACUUAGAUUUCUAAAUAUGUUGCACAAGUUCAGAUUUUCUUCUUUCUCUUCUUAAAGGUAUCAAGCCAUACUUAUGAUUAGGGCCAGGAAUGAACUCAUUUGGUUUGCAUUUUAACCAAACUGAAAUUUAACUAAUGAUUAAAAUACACUUUUCUGAAGUUUGUAGUUCAUAGAUGUGUAAAAUGCAUUUUUUCAUGAAAUUGUGAACAAAAAUUACAGAGCCGGUUUGAUCUAAUGGUUAAGGGAAGCAGGCUAGAAACCAAGAGACCAUGAAUUCUAAUCUCUCCUUAGCCAUGAAAGCCAGCUGGGUGACUGGGCGAGUCCAACUCACCUCACAGGGUUGUUGUGGGAAAAACAGGAGGAGGGAAGUGGUGGAUGUUUGCUGCCUUACUUGUGAAAAUAAUAAAGGCAGGAUACAAACAAACAAAUAAAUGAAAUAAAUCUCCAUUAGGUUAGGGGACAUAUUUGUAAAAUGCUGCAUAAUAGAUAAAAUUGCAAACAAAAGAGGAUAUGAACAUAGAGAUCUGUCCCAGAAUAUAUAUCAAGUUAGUAGUCCUCAAAAAAAAAAACUUCAGUGCAACAAACCAAACCAUAUAUAUUUGCAAAAAUUAGCAUCUGAAAAGAAUUAACCAGUUUCAUAAAAAUUAAGAGACCGAGAAAAAAAUGAAAUUGAUGUAUUUGCUCUUCUCUAUUUUUAUACACGAGUCUUGGUAUAAUUUUUAGCAUUGCCGUUCAUACUGAAAUGCAGUUUGUGAACUGCGUAUUUAUUGAGAAUAUUUUACAAUAUACAAAGUGUUGUUUUUCCUUAAUGGACCUAAUCCUUACAAAAUGCAUGCCAUAUAAUGAAUGCAUGGAUGCAGAAUAGUUUUGGAAAGACUGCAGGUCAGAUCCCAUCAUGUUCGCUAUCAUUUAUUUCCCCUUCCAACUCACUCAACCCAUUGCAGAAUUUUUGUCAAUAUAUCUCUAAAGAGAUUUGUUUUGUAUGUAGUUUUUUCAUUUUUUAUUAUUGUUGUAAAACUAUUGUUUCUGAUGAAUCGCUCUAGAAUGUAAAUAUAAAAAAUGUACAGAGGAAUGCUGUUCUUGAUGUGAGUCUGUGCACAUACACCGCCUACCAUAUUUUUUGUUUUCAAUAUCUAGUUUGAUUUUUGUUUUACUUUGUUGUUUUUAAUGGCACUUCCAUAGAUGGAGCUAAUGGGAAAGGACAGAGGUUAUGCAUACCAGAAGGCCAUUGUUUUCAUCAGCAGAAAUUUCAGUGUGAUGAUUUGACUGCAUGCCUACUAUGUUCUGGGUUAGUUGGUUGGUCUCCUGGCAACUGCCUGGGCUAGUCCUUGCAAUUUUCUUAGCAAGACUUUUGGAAGUGGUUUGCUUCCUUCCUAGAGUUAUGAACUUCUAGUAUUUGAUAUAUUGUGUCUUGAGCACUAUACUAACCUGGAUGUUAUGAUCUGUCCUUUGCCUAAAUCACUCCUUAUUUUCCAGGCCACGGAAUGUGACCUUAAAAUUUACUUUUUGGUCAUUCAACCCAUCCAUCCAUUCCUUUUGCCAUCUGCACAAAUGAACAGGUGUAAGAACUUCUCUUUAGCAUGCUGUUGGUAAUGGGUGACUUGCUAAUCAGAGAAAGGCUUUUAAAGGUUUCUUUUAUAAAUCAGCUUGAUACCAAUUUAGAAAAGCACUUGAUCUUGCAGGCAUUUAUUUUUCUUGUAGCAUCUUGGGUCUUACAUCUUUGAGAUAUAAAAUUUCACUGACUCUUUGAGUUUUAAAAUGUCACAGAAGAAAUGUCAGGCCUGAAAUAUAAUUAACAGCUUCUUUAAUUGUAAAUUUAUUUUCAGUCAGAAUCUUGUAUUUCCAGGUUCAGUCAAUGAUUUUUCUUUCCUUUUGCAAGAAAUCACACUUGUUCUCCACUUGUAUACUUGCAUACAAUUGGAUAUCCCUAGAAGUGUAAAACUUUGAUGGCUGAUGGAUUAAAAUUGCACAGCCUUUUUAUAGCAAACUUGCUUUUAAAAUGACAUAUAGUGGUGAGAUUCAAAUGUUGCUUUGCUUUGUUUUUGAUCAUCAAGGGCUGAGGAAUCAGCUGUACUUGUUGAACACUACUUGGCACCUGCCAAAGAUUGCAGAAGCUUCUGUAUGCCUCCAGCACUGCAAUUCACUACCGCUUGAUAAGUUGGAUAAAAAAGCAGAUAUCAGCCAAAGUAGAUAAAUUGCAGUUUUACAGGAAAUUUGCAUGUGAUAAUUUAUACAUACAGUAGAUACAAAUUUAGAAAUAAUUACUGUAGUUGAAAUAAAAAUAGAGAACAAUGCAUGACAGGCAUGCUUUAGGUCUUCUUAACUAUUCAUAGGCAGCUUUCUUACCCAGAAAUCAGCCAGAGUGCCUUCAGCAGAGGAUGCCUGAUUUAGAGGGUUUCUUUCAGAUUUUGUUCAGCUCCCCCACCCAACCCCACUUGCAAAUAGGUGUUUCAUGGAAAUAAAAGAGAUGUCAAAUGAAUCUAUUUAUUACUGAUCUUCUAAAUGGAGCUGGAAAACGUGUGUUCUGUUGUGCAAGAUGGAGAAACCACAUAUGUUAAACUGGUUCACCCUAAACUAACUUUUCUUAACUAAAGAACCCUGAUUCAUUGAUGUUAAUUUUCAGAUAUUCUUAGCUAGCUUGGCUGUUGAUGAGAAUUUUUGAGUUUUGAUGUCGAUUGGUAUCAGUAUCUACAGUUACAACAGAAGUCGUAAUGGGGUUGGCUUUGUCUAAAUAUCUUGUGCAGAUUCAACCAUUUUGGUGUAAACCAUAUUUAUGGUGAGGUUGUCCAUUCAGAAACCCAGGUCCAUCUGGAAUUUGGACACAGUUCCUGGUAUCUCAGAAGGUUACCAAAUUUUAAUAUAUAAUAUUUAUGCAAAUGAAACUAUGUUUACUCUCUCCUGAUUCAAUGUGCUGCUUUUUUAGAAGGUCCAACACAUCUCUCAACUGCACAGUUUAUUGCUAACUGGAUCAGACAAAGCCAAUUAAUAAUGGUUUAUUCAACACCUUAGCCAAUUGCAGGAACCAGAUCAUCUAUUAGGUCAAGGAACAAAGUAUCUAAGCAGAUUAGGUUAUAAUGCUGAAAAUGAAAAACAUUUAUCUUCUGAAAGAUUUUUUAUGACAUUGAUGAUGCAUCUGUUAGGGAGUUAGUACAAGGACAAUAUGUAGCCUUUACAGAUUUUGCAUUUAUGCGUUGAGAAUAUUUUUGUAAAUCUGUACAGCUACAGUCUAUAUGGACUAGAAGCUACGGGUUUUUUUAAUGAAAUUUUCAGGAAGUUAAACUUCAAAUUUUAUAACAUAUGGAAUUGAAAAGAAUUGCAGAUUAUACAGGAAUGAUAUAUUCCUUAACCAUCAAAAGCUCCUAUUAUAAGGUGAUGCUUUACAUAUCUCACCACUAGAAAGUUACAGUUAAUGUCACCCUUUGAUUUGUCUAAUUGCUAGGGGAGAAAGGCAUGUUAUGACUUCUUAUCCUAGCAAAUUUAAUCAUUAUUAUAGUUAAGCCUACCUGUUUUUAACUGAUCUUUUACUUUUACAUGGGAAAAUGGGUAUAUAGAAGCUUAAUUUAUUUUUUCUUUUGUUAUUGAUCUCAUUGCCAAAUAAAAAUGGCUGCGAACAGACACAGAAGCAUUGGAUUUAUGAUUUAAAACUUUCUACCUGUUUAUUUUCUAUGGGUCUAAUUUGAUAUACUUGUUGGAAAGAUGCAAAAUUCCUCCUGUCAUGACAAGGUGAUUGCCAUCACAUUGCAAAAACUAUAUUGGAACAGACUUGUGAAAUUUUUUAAAUGGAUAAUAUUUGUUAACUGUUAUAACAUUGAUGGUUUCCUUCUUCUAAUUUCAAUUCCUUCUGCAAGAUACUGACAUAGUGCAAACAUGAAAGAGUACUUAUGCCAAAAACUCUGUGCAGUGCCCUCAUUUCUGGAAAGCAAGCUUUGUAUAUAAACAUUGUGUGUCACCUAACAAUAGUUUUGUAAAUGGGAAAGGGGAAUCUAUAAACAUAUAAAUAAUACACGUUUAUAUUUUUUGUACAUUUUUAAAUGGAAAAAAAUAAAUUUUCAUAAAGUAUAACAAUAUUUUGUUGAUCUUUUUUUCCACAGAUAUUAGUCAUCCCUGGGUAUUUACUUACAUUCCCUCAAAAGCACACACUGAAUUAUAUAUUAAUUACUUGGGCCAUAUUAUGCCUGGAUUCACACAGAACAAUACACCUAAAUCUAAUUUAACAAUACAGGCAGUCCCCAUUUAGUGACCAUUCACUGUUACAACUGUAAUGAAAAAGUAAUAUUACAACCAAUCCUUGCUUUUACAACCUUUGGAGAUCUGUAAAGCAAAGCAAAACUGAAAAAGGAUAAUAAAAUCAUGUUUCACUCAGCGACCAUUUUAAUGAGGAUUGCUGCCCCAAAUGUGGUCAUCAAACGAAGACUACCUGUACACAGUGCUCAUCUUUACAAAACAUGCUGUGUCUGAAUAAAUAAACCAUAUUACGGCUUGAUUCACAUGAGACAGCAACCUUAUUUUAGCCUAGAUUGGGACACCAACCUUAUUUUAACUUAAUCUAGUUUCUUAUGUGAACCCAGUCACUGAAUGAUAAAUUAGCCAACCACAGUUUAAUCAAUACUCAACCCCAAGAGCUUAUAUUUCAUGUAGGCUUCACUGGUACCACAUUCCAGUCACGUGUCCUUAUUAAUAGUGAGAUAUGAUUCAAAAGACAUUCAUCUGGGGCCACGAUGGAAUGAACAGCAGGUGGGACUUUAACUAUAGUUGCUAGGGGAAAUCCUUGAUUUUCUCACUGUUUGCUAUUUGGCCAUACUUUAAAUUCACAUUCAUACUCAAACUCAGAGCUGUAGAAUUGCAGAAACCAACUGUCUAGCCAAAAUGUGGCAGCCAGCAAUUAAGUGAACAUGCUUUUGACAUGCUCAUGGGCAAAGAAAAAACUUGUCUUCUACUGAAAAGCAAGCCCCUGUGCUAUCACUUGUCUUUUUCCUCCAACUUUCCUUUUGACAAUAAUUUUAUAUCAAUUUCUAAAAUGAUUGUAUAUUUUUUUCUGUUAAAGUGGUAGGUCUUUCCUACCUCUUAGUGUCAGAAACCAUGAAUAUUGCAUUUAUCUGAAAGACCACUUCCAUUUUGACUUUUCUGACCCCUGCAGACAUCCAUGGGUUGUAUUAGAUCAGGAAUAUUCAGAAUACUUUGAAAUCAUGCGAGGGCCUUCUGAAAAUGAUUUUGGUUUCUUCAAGAAAUAUGGAAUUGAACUUUCCAGAAAGUGUAACGGCAAUGAUUAGUUGGAGGGGAACAAGAUUUAGGGGUACCAUGACAGAUAGGAUAUCUGCAUACCUUUCAAAAAUAUUGGGUUACAGUUAUGUAUUCAUAAAAGAAAAAAAUACAAUUAUAAUCAGGUGCAAUCAAUUAUUCCAGUAUGAAAAAGUACCAUGUCACAAAAUGGUAUACAAUACAGAAUUAUUUAAAAUUCAACAUUUAAAAACAUUUGUUCAGCAGUAAUACAGUAAAAAAAUCUUACUUUUCUUCAAACAAUAUUGUUCAUAUGUUUGGCACUGUAAAAAUGCAUGAUCACAGGUUCAUUGUUCUCUCUCUGAUUCUAUCUGUCUCUUUUUUUAAAACCAAUCAACAGCGUUAUUAAGUGUCUGUAUAUAUUAUACUACAUUGCAAUAUAUAUUAAAGAACAUGUGGGCUCCAUUCCACUGCUAAAA